CGGAAACUCUUCCGGGCCGGCGGUUCCCGGGUCGGGCCGGGCCUGAGCGGCUGUUGCAGGGUGACAUCCACGUCUGUGUGUGGAGUGGCCGUGGGGCACCGUGCCGGCCCCACACGCCGUGCCGGCCCCACAGGCCGUGCUGCCCCCGAGGUGAUGCUGGCCCCUGCCCCGCCGUCCUGGCCCGCUGAGGCGUGACCGCGGCACCACGGCCCGGCCCACGCGCUGCAGGGUGGUCAUCUACCUCCAGAAGGACAUGUCGGGGGACACCUGCCUGGGGAGCGCCCUGUGCCCGGCCGCGGGCCACAAGCCCAAGGCCGGCGGGCUCAAGGGCAGCAGCCUGGGGAACAAGUACGUGCGGCUCAACGUCGGGGGCUCCCUGUACUACACCACGGUGCAGGUGCUCACCAGGCACGACACCAUGCUCAAAGCCAUGUUCAGCGGCAGGAUGGAGGUGCUUACCGACAAGGAAGGCUGGAUCCUUAUAGACCGUUGUGGGAAGCACUUUGGAACAAUUUUAAACUAUCUCAGAGAUGACACUAUUGCACUUCCAAAACACAGGCAGGAGAUCAAAGCAUUGAUGGCAGAAGCCAAAUACUAUCUCAUCCAGGGCUUAGUGGACAUGUGCCAAGCAGCUCUGCAGGACAAGAAAGACUUGUAUGAGCCUGUCUGCAGCAUCCCUAUAAUCACCUCUCCGAAAGAAGAGGAGAGACUGAUAGAGUCAUCAAUGAAACCUGUUGUUAAACUGCUGUAUAAUAGAAGCAACAAUAAAUACUCCUACACCAGUAACUCAGAUGACAACUUGCUGAAGAACAUCGAGCUGUUUGACAAGCUGUCCCUGCGGUUCAAUGGCAGAGUGCUGUUCAUCAAGGAUGUGAUCGGGGAUGAGAUCUGCUGCUGGUCCUUCUAUGGGCAGGGCCGCAAGCUGGCCGAGGUCUGCUGCACCUCCAUCGUCUACGCCACCGAGAAGAAGCAAACCAAGGUUGAAUUCCCUGAGGCCCGAAUUUAUGAGGAAACACUAAAUGUCUUGUUGUACGAGACACCCCGUGUCCCGGAUAACUCGCUGCUGGAGGCCACGAGCCGCAGCCGGAGCCAGGCCUCGCACAGCGAGGAUGACGACGGCUUCGAGCUGCGUGACCGCGUGCGCCGCAUCCACGUCAAGAGAUACAGCACCUACGAUGACCGCCAGCUCGGCCACUAGUGUGUCCCUGCAGCAGGGCCUGCUCCAGCUUUCAUCCUUGGACAGGAGGGAAGGAUCCCCUGGACUCUAGCAUUGAUCUUCAUGGGGUGCCCCGGCUCCCUAGAGCAGCAAACGGGGAUUUGUGUGCACAAAGCAGCACUAAAGGCCAAGGGCUUGGAGAACUGAGGCGUGCACCUUGUGCUUUACCUGCAGGCUGGCCCCUCUUCCUGCUGGGGAGGGGGGAUUUGGAGUGCUGGUUCUCAGUCUGUGGUUGCUCUUUCCUAUCUAAUGAUUUGCCAGUUUCCCCCUUGCUGUGAGCAGAACUGCUCUUCCUGAGUGAGGUGGCAUGGUUUGAAAAGCUCUUUCCAGACAGCUCCCCUUUCAGGGCUUUGUAUCAUGGAAUUUGCAGUUAUUAAAUUAAGAUACUGAAGAGGGAACUUGAAUGUGGCUGCUCUUAGCAGACACUACACGGGAUAAGCCCCAGGAGAAGCAUUUGGCUGACCGGUCAGCUGCACCUGUGCUCUCCCACCCCUGUCCCCAGAACACCUGCAAAGGUUUGAGUUCCAGGACAGUAUCUUUAAAACUCCUUGAUUCCAAGGAAAGCCUCUUCCAAAGUGGGAAGAAUCAAGUCAUCAGCCUCCCCAUGUGAAAAAUGGAAAUCUCUGAAAAUGUAAAUGUGUAGGUAAUGUCCUGGGUGAGGGGGAAAUGGGUAUGGUGAGGGAAGAAACCUGAAGUAAGCAAACUUGAGCAGAUUGUGGCAGUGUUGCCCUGGUUGCAUCUUGUCACAGUGAAAUCCUGUUUAUAUAAACAAGGGCAACCUGGGGAAUUGGUUUCCUCCUGUGGCCUAAAAGUGCUGUUUAUUGUUAAAUUUCUCAAGCAGCAGGGGAAAAGUCCCAGUGCCUGGAGAAGCACAGGCUAAACAGUGUUUUCUAAGGCUAGAACAUGUGAAUUCAAGUUCUGUGUUCUGAAUCCCUUCUAGAGUGUAGAAGUUGAAGAAGAAAAACAGCUGUAAAAAUAUUGUUCUAGCAUGGAAUUGUGAGAGGCUUUGGGCACAGGAGAGAGGUGGCUUAUACUGGAUUUUAAACUGAAAUAAUCACUUUUAUUUUGAGUGCUUGACUGGGUGUUAAUUCUACAGGACACUUCAGGAGGUGGGAAUCAAGUCUGCUCUGCAAAUUUGGAAAUUUCUGGAAAUUUUCUGGAAACAGUUUCAAGUUUAGUAUGAAAAGCCAUUGUGUUUUUAAGCAUUUGCUUGUAUGUUUCAGCCAUAGGUAGCAGUUUUGCCGCUGUCAUUCAUGGUUAUUUCUGCUGGCUGCCCACUGGGAGCCUGGGAUAUGUUGGAUAUGGUCCACAGCUGCUUUUUGUGUUCCUGUAUCAUACUUGGUCACGAAGCUCCAGAUUCCACACUGGUCAGUCCUGAUCUGCUUUGACCAGUGCCAGAUCUACCUGUAAGGUUUGAAGAAAAUUACUGCAAAAGCCUGACAAGAAAAUAAUCCCCAGUUAAUGCAGGGAGUUCAUAAGGAUAAUAGAGAUGUAGAUGGUUUAGGAGUAAUAGAAGCAGGGAAGGGGACAAAAAAAUGAUUUGCACUCAUGUUUUUGAAAAUUAAGUGUUUGUGGGUUGGUAAGAAAACACUCUCAUAUUUUGGGAUUUUCUUGCCUCUACACGUGGCAGGAUUCACUUCAUUCUCCUCACAUUCAGAAAGCUGCAUUGCACAGGAAUGCACCUGUCUAUUUGUGAAAGACCUCUUGAAAUUUCUAAUAAACCUAACAAUGUCUUUUAUUCUGCUUUCUGUAAGUUUUUGUUUUCCAGCUGGCUGUUCUGUUGUGCCAGGGAAAAUACAGCUGUUGAGGUUAUUUACAACAAAAAUUCUUCUCUAAUUCUGCUAGAGUGUGAUGUGGAUUUUUAAAUUUUUUUCCCUCCACUGAUGCUGUUUAAUUUGAAGGCACCAGCAGAGGCUGCAGUGAUGGGGUCUUUGUGCUACAUUUAAUAGCUUCAAGUUAUUAUCUUUUGCUUUUUCUGUCUUGUAACAAAGGCUGAUGCCAUUUAAAAAACACAUGUGGCACUUCUGUUUCUUGGCAAAUGAUUUAUAUUAUUUUUUUUUUCUUGUCACUAUCGUAGUGAAUGUUAACAGAGUAAGUAAGUGAUGCUUAUAGACUUGCAAAACUGCAUUUAAAUGAAGUUAUAAGCAGAAAAAAUGUCAUAUUUGCAUUUAUUUUUUCUGGGGAGGACAGGUAUGGGAGUGAGUGUGUGAAAGAGAACAUCAGAGCUGUAUGCUACUCCAGAGGCUUUCUUUACUCAGAGGAUUCAUUAACAAAAUGGAUCCAACUUGUGAAUUAUUACACUGUAGUAAGCAGAGAAAAGCCUGUGUUUUGGUUUAGUUUUCCUUUCCCUCCUUCCCACAGCCAAAAAGUAGUAGUAAUUUCUGAUUUGAAUUUAGAUUAAUUAACCUGGGAGGCAAACAGUUUUGAGAACCAUCUGGGUUGUGAGAAUCUUUUACCAAGUGCAAAGGAUCUUGGCAGUUGUGGAAUGUGGAGUAUCAGUAGGAACUGCUGGCGGUUAUAAACAUGUUUAAAAUACGUGCAGAUAUCCUUUUCAUUUUUCUGUGGUUUCUCCUGUGUCCUGUUUGUCUGGAACUGAUCCAGCACAUGAUGUCACUGAAUCUCCCUUGCCCCAAAAUUGUGCCCUGGGGUUUUCCAAUCUCUGUCCCACCAGGUUCUGAUCAUUUUGAGUACUGGAGUUGUGAUGUAACACAUGCUUUGUAUUCUCAGCUUAAUCAAUCUUUAUGUAAUUGAAGGCUGUUAAUUAUUGUGACAGGGAUGUUCUAGACAUUCUAGAACAUGAAUUUACAGCCUGCUGUAAAUGUGCAGAAGCAGCAGUAGCGAGCAGGAUGAUGCAGUUUAAAGGCAGCAUUGGUGCGUUUGCAGUGAGCUGUCCAAGGAUCUUCUCUGCUCAAAUUGAGCUCAAAUUAAGCACAGAUUAAGACAAUACAGGUUUCGUUUGUCUUCAAGUUGAGACUUGUGCUGGCUUCCACCCAGACCAUCCCCAUUGGGUCCAUUAACGAUGUGCCUGGGAAUUUGGAGUAGACUUUGGGAGAAAAAAGAGCUUUUUUUUCCCUACUUGUAGGGUGUGAAUUGUAACUAUGUGAAUUGAAGCUUCAUUCUUAGAGGACUAGCUGUCCUCCUCACUCUUAAAUUUAGUCAAACCUUUGUACAUUCAGGCAGUGCCUUGGCAGACGGAGGGAGAGAAUGGGAACCUUUCCUUGGCAGCCGUGGCCAGCCCGGUGCCAGAGGGCUGCGGGGUGUUUCCCAGUCCUGUGCCCUGGCAGCAGCCUCGGUCCCUCUGCAGGGAAGGAGGGAGGCCCGGUGGCCGGAGCAGCUGCUGGGAAGGAGCUCUCUCUGGGUCGGUGUUCAUGAGGCAGCAGAGGCCGAGGAGGGAGCUCUGCAGGGCUCAGCUCCAGCCGCUGGUCAAUGCCGAGACAAGUCACUGCCUAGCCUUCACCUUUGCAUCUUGUGCUUUAACAGGAGACAUUUGUCCUGCUGAAAUGUUCCACUCCAGUGACUUUUAUCUUUUGCACUUCUUGGUUAAAAUAGAAAAUAAGUGAUGGACAGGGAGGAUGUUGGAGGGGCUGUGCUGUCACCGAGAGCUGCAUUUGAGUGGGCGUUGCUUACUGUGGGCUUGGUUUGAUUUUGUUCUUCUCAAGGUUUUUAAUUUUCAGACAGAAUUCUCUCCAGGCAAUACUGGAGAUCUACCUGAACUGGAUGGGUCUGCCCAGCAGCCCCUGCCUUACACACUUAGGUUGUGUUCUGUGACAAUCCAUGGCAUUCAGUCCUCACAGCCACCUUCCCCCCAGGUGUGGGAGAGCUCAGGUGUGCCUGGAAGGUGAGUCCAGCUCUGUCCCUUCCUCAGAGCCAGGGACUCUGCUUUCUGUAUGUGUGUCACUUCUCAUCCAGUGGAACGGUAGUAGGACACUCCUCUGCCUCACAGGGUGGCUGGCACUUACUUUGUUUAUUAAGAGUAAAGGAUUCUUUUGGAUUUGUAUGAUAUUUUAUAUCCAGAGAAUAGAAAAUAUGAUUGCUGAUCUUGUUUAAACUGACAUUCUGUGAUCAAGUUACUUUCUUAGAGAUUCAGUCUUUGUUUUAUUUCCAUGUCUAACUUUUAAGGGUAAGUUUUACAAAGUACCUAGUUAAUGCAGUAAUUAUUUGUUGAGUAAAGUGUUUCACCAGUGUAUUAAAUGGAAAUAGAACACUAAUUUUUAAUAAAGUGUUA